CGCACGAACCGGGCAGUAAUUACCAUCAAUUGACACUUCUUACUUUUCUGGUUAAAUUCCCAAAAGUUACCCCCUAAAAGAAUCGAACUUUUCGUGAUUCGAAGGGUCCUCUCUUAUCGAUUUACAUCUUCAAUGGCCGAGUUCGAACUUAAAACUGCGCCAGCAGAUUUUCGAUUCCCAACAACCAACCAAACUCGACACUGUUUCACACGCUACAUUGAGUUUCACAGGUGUGUUACUGCUAAGGGAGAAGAAUCCGGUGAUUGUGGGAAGUUUGCCAGGUACUAUCGUUCCCUUUGCCCUGGCGAAUGGGUUGAGAAGUGGAACGAGCAGAGGGAGAAUGGAACAUUCCCAGGGCCUCUAUAAUACAAAACCAUGUCAAGAUUGGUUGUGCAUUUUACCUUUUGGUUUGAAACUGUUAUUAUAAGUUAUUAAUUGAUUAAUAAGGCAUUAUUGCGAACAUGUUAUCGUUUAACUCUAAUGCUUCAUCGUUGCAUAUAAACAUGUUGGCCAAGACGAACUUUUGAGGAGUUUCGUCUGUUAACCCGUACCAUUUUUUGCUCGCUAUUAAAAGCAUUUGUGUUGAUUUUAAAUUUCUUGGCACUUUGGAUA